AUGAUGGAAGACUCUCCUAUGCUGGUACUCGCACCUUCACCAAAGAUCUGCAACUCCACUUUGGAAGCGAUCAGCCUUUCCACUUGUUCAAUCUGUAUGGAUCGACCACUUCACAUCCUCGUACUCAAUAUUCAACGUUGCGCAACGACAGGAAACCAUAAUGGUAUUGACGGAACUCCUGAACAAGCAUACCAUCCGCAAUGGGACGUUGACGGAGCACUUUGCGCUUAUGCGGUAACCUGGAUUGCUACAACAUAG